AACGCAUGACUACAAUGGAGAAGUGGAAGUGGAGUGUCAUCGCAGUUCUCGGUUUCCUUGGUGCAUACGUAUCUGCUAGCGUUUUAAACCUAGACGAAAGAUUUCUUGAGCAGAAAAAGGAUGGAUCCUGGUUAGUAGAGUUUUAUGCUCCAUGGUGUGGGCACUGUAAAAAACUAGAGCCUAUUUUCACGGAAGUUGGACUCGCGCUCCGCCAUACAGGUAUCAGGGUGGCUAAACUUGAUGGAACGGCUUACUCCUCCGUGAUGCAUGCUUUUGAAGUACGAGGAUUUCCUACUAUAAAAUUUAUUAAAGGAGACAAAAACUAUACCUUUACUGGGGACAGGACAAAGGAAGAUAUUGUCCAGUUUGCUAAGAAGGCAGACGGUCCUGGUGUUCGCUUCCUGAGCAGUCUUGGAAAGUUCAGAGAGGCGAAAAGUGAGCAUAAAGAUGAGGACACAGUGUUCUUUGUAUAUGUGGGUAACCAGGAUCCUCAGGUGUCAGCACUUCUGAGUGCCUACAAACAAAUUGCCCAAGAGAGGAAAGUGCAGACAUAUUUUUAUGCUGGUGAGAUCCGCAUACUGCCAGAGGAAAUUAAAGCUAGUCUCAAAGCAGAAUCCACUGUGAUUGUAUUCAAAGAUGAUACUUAUGAAGAAUAUGAAGUUCCAGCAGAACCAACAAAGCAGGCCCUGGAUGCCUGGAUCAACAAAGUCCGCUUUCAUCUCUACCCUAAAGUAGGCGGCCCUGCCAUCAACGAGAUGGCGAGCACUGGGAAGAUGAUAGUGAUAGCUGUAAUAGACUCUGCAGCAGAGGAGGAAUUGACAAAACAUAACAGAGUAAAAGAAGUUGUAAAAACUCUGGCGCUGAGAAAGAACAGUGAUAUAAACAAGCAGUUUCAGUUCGCUUGGAUGGGGGACAAUGAGGUGGCCAACGACAUCACCAUGUGGUACAUCUCAAUGCCCAACUUGAUUGUCCUUGACCCCAGCUCACGGCUGUAUUUCAUGCCCAACUUCAGCGUGGUGGACAUUACAAUAGGAACACUUGAGGCCUUCCUAGAGAAUGUGCAUGAAGGGAAAAUACCUGCCAAAGGGGGAACAGGAUUCUUACAGAGAGUGCAAAGAAUUCUUUAUGAAAUAAUAUCUAUGUUUAUAUCAGUGUGGAUGUCAUCUAGGCUGAUGUUUUUCUUGAUCUUCGUCUUACCCGGUGCCUUGAUCAGCAUCGUGUGCUAUGCAGCGUGCGGCCCACCUAGCGAGAACACAGGAGACGAGGAAUCUGACGAGGGCGAUUACGGGGAAGUAGACAUGUCAAACAUAGAAGAGGAUGCCGAAUCUUUACUUGAAGAUUGUGACCCAGACCACUUGAAGUCAGAAUGAAGAAAUGGCUUGAGUAAAAUUGAUGUAAAAAUUCUGGAAGUGCCUUUAGUCAGGGCAUUUGUAAUAGAAAAUUAAGUGGACAGGAAGAAAAGUUGAUGUGGUCAAUUAGUCAGCACAGUGGGUGUGAAUAUGUGAAACAAGUUUUAACUUGUAUUAAAAUAUAACAAAAACCCUUUUUUUUGGGGGGGGGGGUAUAGAAGGGGCCGGUGAUAUAUUUAGGUUAUGUACACCACACCAAAUAUGCUCAGUUAAUACUGCCAGAAUUUGCCAGAUGGCAAACAUGCUUUAUGUAUGAUAGAGUGAUUGAACUUUUUUAUGUAAGGUUACAUUGAAAUACCAGUCAAGCACACCACAGUGACACCUAGUGAAAAGUUUUUUUAACUACAACAGAAGAGAAAACUUUGAAGGGCUUUCCAGCAUUUAUAGUAGUAAGAUAAAGCAAAUUACUUUAGUAGUACAUAAAAUGCAAACAUUUUACAUCAUGUUUUUUUUUCUUGAAUGGAAAUGGUUUUGAAGGAAUCCUUGCGAGAGGAAAUGACAAUUUCAAUAUUGAUUAUUGAAGUAUGUCUUAGUGUUUACUAAGUUUAAAUACUUCAUGAACUUAAACCAGUUUUCCAGUGAAAUAAGAAUCCAUUCAUAGUCUCUUUUCAUAACCUUUGGGUAAAAAUGUGUUUUAUUGCUACCAUUAUUAUAAUUGUGACAUUCAUAUAAUAUAACAUAUAUAUAAUUUAUUACAUAUUUGUUAAAGAAACCAAGAAUUUGUGUGUGAGGCAAUUUUCCCCUAGGCUACUUUAAAAUGAGAUUUUUUACUAAAACUAUUUCAGAACACUAUGUUUUGAAUGUGAGCAACUGUUGUGCAGUUUUAAUCUAAUUGGCUGGAAAAGUCGAAAUCAAGGUGCUUAAGGGUCAAAACAUAUUUCAAUUUAAACCACAGUCAAAGAAAUAUGAUAUGAUGUAUAGGAUAUACAUAUUAAGAAUUUGAGAGAUAUUUUAGAAAAGUUUCAAAUAAGCUUUCAGAUACUAAACUACAGCACAAAGUCCCAAGAAACAAGAUCUUUGAACUAUACACUAACUUAAAGCCAAGUUUGAGUGUUUUUGAGGCAAGUAGGAUUGCUUGAUAGAAAAUGGUCUGUACAAUGAAGAAUAAGGGAAUAGCAGCUUGCCAUAAUAUAGUUUAUGUUAACCAUGAAAUGGCAACUUGCCUUAUUUGUUAUAAACAUAAACCCGCUAAAUGUGUUAUUAUAGAAUAUAUUAGAUAUUCACUUGUCAAGGAGGCAGUUGUCAUUAUCAUUGAUCCUACUCUAUGUGCCUUUGUUGCCAAGUGUGAUGUUUUUGUUGUGAUAAGUGUUAAUUUAUUGUUUACAAGAUAUGAAACUGCAGCAUUUGUUCUUUUCUGAAACCAUAUGUGUCACAUUUAUUUAUUUUUUAUUAGAAUUUUUAAUGUAUGUGAGACUUCAAAUAUCAGGAUAUAAAUAAAUUUGUCCUUCCUUUUUUAUUUUGAAAACAAAUCACAAGAAGGCCUCGAGCAAAACUCUACCAAUACCAGGAAAGGGAUUUAUAUGAAAAUGCAGGUGCUUUAAAAUUUAAAACAGAUUGCCAUGUUAAACAGUGAAAAUGCUUGAUGCAACCCCGUUUGUCAGAAACUUACCGCACGCAUUUACUACACACACAAGCAUCUGAGUGUGUGACAAACAUCAUCUAGCUUGUGGCAGAGAAAAAAAUAUAUUAGUUUAGUGUGGUUGUUUUUAUAAAUCCAAGAACUCGAAACUUAUCAUUUUAUAUUGUAAAGUGAUUGGAUAGCAAGACGUGCAAUAAAUAUGCUUCGUAAAAGAGAACUUUUCUUCACUAGCUUCAAGGCAUUACAGUUGUCAUUGUUGUAUGAAGUGAAACGGCUGGUGUUUACAACCUUGUUGUUUGCUCUCUUCCUAUUUGUUAAACUGAUAAAUAAUUUGUUACUGCUGUUUUCAGAGCUUAGUCUUCUGUUCCAUAUCAGUGCUUAGUGUUACAUUAGUAGAAACCGAGUGAAUAAGAAAAUUUUUUGAUAAAUAUGAAUAACUGAUACAUUUAGCAACUGACUUACAUUGUGGGCUCAACCCGAGACCUUUCACUAAGUAAAUGACCUGACUGGACUGGUCACCUGAUCUAAUGUCAUACUGCAACACACAGUGUUCAGUACCCUAUCUCAUAUGUACUUGGGGUUAAACUUAAGGCCUCCUUUUUUUGUUCAGCGUUGGUUUUUUUUUUUUUUUUUCAACAUAGCUUCUCUGACACCACAUUUGCUCCAGUAGCACAUUUGUGAUAGGAAGUUAGUCAUAUGUAUCAUUCUUUUUCUACUGGAUGACUAACAACAUUCACUCGUUAAAAAAAA